AAUCUAAGAAAAACUAUAGACGCUUAGUUAUUCAGAAUUACAAACCAGAACAUCACAUCACAAUGGAGAACAAAACCUAUGAAGGUUUUGUUACAGCUUAAUAUAAAACUUGUAAUUCCAGUUCAUGCCUUAAAUUUGGCCUUAUUAGCAAUAUAAUAAGAACAGGUAUUGGUUUUAGUGCUAAAUCAGGUGUAGGCACAUUAGACAGUAACAAUGGCGGGUUCCGGGCACACGUGGCCCAACAGCCAAGACGACUACGAGCUCCUGGACGUGAUCGGCGUCGGCGCCACCGCCGUAGUACACGCUGCGUACUGCCGCCCGCGCAACGAGAAGUGCGCCAUCAAGCGCAUCAACCUCGAGAAAUGGAACACCUCCAUGGACGAGCUCCUCAAAGAAAUCCAAGCCAUGUCCAGCUGCAACCACGAAAACGUUGUCACCUACUACACCAGCUUCGUAGUCAAAGAGGAGCUAUGGCUCGUACUUCGGCUGCUUGAGGGAGGUAGCUUGCUCGAUAUUAUCAAACACAAAAUGAGGAUAUCUAACUGCAAACAUGGAGUCUUCGAUGAAGCCACCAUCGCCACCGUACUCAAAGAAGUGCUGAAGGGACUAGAGUACUUCCACCAAAAUGGACAGAUCCAUAGAGACAUAAAAGCUGGUAACAUUUUACUUGGUGAUGACGGUAUCGUCCAGAUCGCAGAUUUUGGUGUAUCUGCGUGGCUCGCAACCGGCCGUGAUCUCUCCCGACAGAAGGUUCGGCAUACGUUCGUGGGGACGCCGUGCUGGAUGGCGCCAGAGGUGAUGGAGCAAAAUCACGGUUAUGAUUUUAAAGCUGAUAUCUGGUCAUUCGGAAUAACAGCUAUAGAAAUGGCUACUGGCACUGCGCCGUAUCACAAGUAUCCCCCCAUGAAGGUACUCAUGCUCACGUUACAAAACGAUCCGCCCACGCUCGACACUGGCGCCGAAGAGAAGGACCAGUAUAAGGCAUAUGGUAAAACGUUCAGAAAAAUGAUAUUCGAAUGUUUGCAGAAAGACCCUGCAAAACGACCGACGGCUACUGAGCUAUUAAAGCACUCGUUCUUCAAGAAAGCGCGUGAUCGCAAGUAUCUGGUAUCUACUCUGGUGACAAUCGGACCCAGCAUGGAGACCCGUGUGCACAAGGCCAGUCGAAGGCAGCCCGGCGCCUCGGGCCGCCUGCAUCGCAUGGAGACCGGAGAGUGGGUGUGGGAGAGCGAAGAGGACGACGAUGACGAAGACGACGCGGCGCGCGACCGACCCAUGAACACGCUGGAGCGCGCCGACAGCUCCGACAGCGACGACGAUCGCGCCGCGUUCACCAUCGGCUCCGCCGGCGCGCCCGACACGCGCCAGGCGCCGCUCAUCAACCUCGUGCUGCGCAUGCGCAACGCGCGCCACGAGCUCAACGACAUCCGCUUCGAGUUCGCAGCGGGCAAAGACUCGGCAGACGGUAUCGCCACGGAGCUGGUGGGCGCGGGGCUGCUGGACGCGCGCGACGCAGACGUGACGGCGCGCCAGCUGCAGCGGCUGGUGGACGACUUCUUGUUCCCGGGCGCCGGCGGGCCCGCGCCGCGGUCGCUCACCUUCCGCCUCAACUCAGCGCCGCCCGAGCCCGAAGACGAGCAGAGCCUCGUCGGCUUCGCGCAGAUCUCCAUCGUGGACUGACCGGUGCCGCCCUGACACUACUAUUUAAUAUAUUAUCUAUGCUUAGGACCUCCUACGUAUUUUAUGGGUGGAUAUGGAAUUAUAUUAGUUGUAUACCGUUUAUGCGGUGGUGGUUUUUGUGGACCGAUAGUCCCGGAGGCGCGGCGACGUGUCGUAGCUCGACCGUCAAUGUACUCCCCGCUGCCUCGCGGGACUUACUCUGCGCAGUGCGCAUCGAGUUGUCUGUAUACGAAAACUAUCACCGCGUAGCUCAAAUGAAUGUAUAUUUUACAUUAUGAUUAUAAGGGUGAAUCUGAAUUUAUAAGAGUAUUUUUUUGUGAUCGUACCGUGUCAAUUUUGCUGCUUUCCAACACUGUAAUCGAUUAACUCGGGCCCACAUUCGCAAAUAUUGCAAGCUAUACAAAGAAUGACAAUGAAUGACUUAUCCAAUAGAAUGCCUAC